AUGUUUAAUAGAAACGUUAUCAAAAGUUAUAGAUCAUUUCAUAAAAGUUCAAUUGGGAAAUUCAAAUCAAAUUUACCCCUGAAUAACAAUAAAGUGAUUAAUGAAUUUAUUGAUAAUGAUAUAAAAGUUGUUUAUAAUAAGAAAUCAACUUCAUUCCAAUUCUUAAAAGAAAACAAGAGUUUUAGUUAUAAUAAUGUGUUUUUAAGAGAUUCAUCAACUUCUUCAAAUUCAAUUGAUUAUAAUUCAGGUCAAAAAUUAUUUACAACAGCUUCAAUAAUUAAUAGUUAUCCAAUUAAUAUAGAAAUUCCAAAUUCAAAACAAAUUAAAAUCUAUUGGAAUGAUGGUGAUUAUUCAAUUUAUGAUCAGAAAUUCUUAGAAUUAAAUUCCACAAUUGAAAGUAGAAAACAAGAUAAAGCUAAAAAUUUUGAAGAUGAAAUUAUUGCAUGGGAUUCAAAUCAUAAUAUGUUAACCGUUGAUAAUUUACCACGUUAUGAGUAUAAUGAUUAUUUAACUAAUGAUUCAACAUUAUCCCUUGCUUUAAAUGAUUUAAAUAAAUUUGGUUUAGUUCAAAUAACUAAUAUUACUAAAAAUUUAUCUGAUGAAGAACAUGAAUCUCAGAAAUUAAUUCAAAUUAUUGGUGAAAGAAUUGCUUAUUUGAAAAAAACUUUUUAUGGUGAAAUAUUUGAUGUUAAAAGUAAACCAAAUGCUAUAAAUAUUGCAUAUACAAAUCAAUUUUUACCUUUACAUAUGGAUUUACUUUAUUAUGAAUCUCCACCAGGUUUACAAUUAUUACAUUUUAUUAAAAAUAAAUCCAAAGGUGGUGAAAAUGUAUUUGUUGAUGGAUUUGCUGCUGCAAGACAUGUUAAAACAAUUGAUUCUCCUGCUUACCAGGCAUUAUUAACUGUUCCAAUUAAUUAUCAUUAUGAAAAAAAUGGUCAUUCUUAUUAUUAUUCAAGACCUUUAAUUGUGGAAAAUGAAGUUAUUGAACAAGGUGGAUUUGGUGAAUAUAAAGAUCAUUUCCGUGAAAUUAAUUAUUCACCUCCAUUCCAAGCACCUUUUGAUUUUGGUAUUACAGGUGAAGUAAUUGGUGAUGAUAAUAAUCAUAGUAAAAUUUCAGGUGCAAAAGAGAAAGGUGAUCGUCAUUUAUUUCAAGAUUUCCUAAGAGGUUUUAAAGAAUUUGAAGAUUAUAUUAAUAAUAAAGAAAAUCAAUUAAAAUUUAAAGUUGAAGAAGGUUCUUGUAUUAUAUUUGAUAAUAGAAGAAUUUUACAUGCAAGAGAUCAAUUUGAUAAUAAUAGUGGUGAAAGAUGGUUAAAAGGUUGUUAUAUUGAUAAGGAUUCGUAUCUUUCCAAGCUAAGAGUCAUGAAGAAGAAAUAA